ACAGAAUUAUCAUUUAUUUUGGAAGACUUUGGUCAGCAAAACUACUUGAACUACCUAAUAACAAGUAGAGAGCUGAAUACUUUGGUCCUGUCCGUCAUUUACUCCACUGAUUCCGGAAGAGACCAUAGAACCACAGACUUGGUGAUCUAAUGAUAAAUAAAGCUGUCCUGUAAUAAGAUUGAGGACAAUGGCAGAUAAAACAGCUGAUCAAGUUCCAGUCUCAAAUAUGGAAAAAUCAGACAAUGCGGAUGAUGAUGUAAUUAUCAUAGAAAAAGAUAUUGAAAACACUCAACAGAAAAAAGACAAAGAAAAUGUUUUAAAAGUAACACCAAAAAAGUCAUCUGAGCCUAAACAGACUAAACAAGCCAAUAAAAAGAAGACAAAGAAAAAAGGUUCUUGUGGUCUGUCUAGUAGCUUAGAUGACGAAGUGGGUUUCCCCGCUGAUAUUAAAUUAGAAUCGACCAACGACUGCAUGCCAGAUGAAGACAAAGACUUCAAAGUCUGCGUAGUUUGUGGAGAAAAAGCUAGUGGUUUUUACUUCGGGGCCUUAGUAUGCUUGCCCUGCAAAAGUUUUUAUAUUAGAUGUACAAAAGAUGGAGAGCCAACCUUUACUUGUCAGUGUAACGGGAAUUGUGAUAUCGCCAAACAAGGAAGAAUCCGAUGCCAGUAUUGUCGCUAUCAACGUUGCCUCAUGGCUGGAAUGUGCCGCAAAGAAAAGCCAGAAACCGUCCAGCCAGCCGAAGGGCAAGUGUUAUGUAAAGUAUGUGGUGACAUCGCCAACGGAAUCCAUUUUGGAGUGAACACAUGUGAAGGUUGCAAGAAAUUUUUCCGAAGAGGACUUGUGGAAAACCAGGGAUAUAAUUGUAAGGGAGAGAAAUCUUGUCAGAUCAACCCAAGGAACAGAAAUAAUUGCCGUUAUUGUCGUUACCAGAAAUGUAUCAGCGCUGGAAUGUCAAGAGAAGCCAUCAAGAUGGGUCGGCCAAAAAAGUCAGAUGGAGAUUCUCCACAACAGUCCCCUUCACAUUCACCAUCAUUUUGUGAUCGUCGUAGUCCCGAGUUGUCUCCUCAGGGAUCUCCAAUCUCCGUCCAUACUUCACCACAGCUAUCACCUGUCAAUGAACCAUUGUUUCACAAAUAUAUGAUGGCUAACCAGCCCGUGAAGACCGAGACAACAUGUCCACCACCAAGUUGUCAGAUUCAGUCGGAGAUGACCAACAGCAGACCCGUUCUGUCCACAACAUCCUUCAUGAAUCUCAAAACAGAAGAGCAGACGGCGUAUAACUGGGUCUCAUCUGCCCCAACCUCCUCCUGGCCUGGUUCUUCAAACACCAUCAUGUCAUCCCAAUGCCAGCCCGUCCACGCCUCAACGACCUCGCAUCAGCAGGAGAAUCCAUUACUCAUAGAGGACGAUAUGGAUGACAUCCUUAAUUUCAUACAAAUGGACCAGGCCAGCCGGAGUCAGCCACAACCUGUUUUCAGAGAUAGCAACUGUUUAUAUCAGACACCACAUGGUAAUAUGGGAGGGAACACACCACUCAUGGUUAACACAUGCAACAGCUUCCAACAGGCUUCAGACAAUUAUCAACAGAAUUCUGGACCAAAUUCACCAUUCCAACCACAGUAUCCUCAGCCAAACCAAAGUGCUUACUACCCCAACUCCCACAGUCCACAGUAUUAUCAACAACCUCAUUCCCCACAGACAAGCUGUCAUAGUCCCCACAGUUACAGCAGUCCAUCUCCAGGAUCAUGCCACAGUCCACAUAACUACAACACUCCUUCCCCAGGAUGUCACAGUCCCGAUACGUAUCAUCCAUCAAUGGCUGCUGAAUAUCCUCAACAACAACAACAACAACAUGGUGGAUACACUAUGCCAACCACACAAGUUCAUCCACAAUUCAAUCACGGAAGCAGCAUGUCACAUGAUAAUGUACACAUUAAUCCCGAUUCUCAACAUCAAAUCAAUCAAAUGUUUAUCAAAUGCAUCGGAACAAUAAACGAAACACAAACUCCAAUCAAUGGAGCUUACGUCACAAGGGACCAACUUACAACAGAAGUAAUCAAUUGUACGCUUAAUUCAUCAUCGCCGUACAGAAAUAACGAUUGUUUAUAUAGUAGUAGUGACGAUAACAGUAGUCAUGAUUCAUCAGACUUCCCUGUUAGAAAUAAGCGAAAAAAUUACGACCAAUUUGAUCAGUCAUGUGGGUACGGAACCAAUUCCAACUCAUUUAUGCCACAAUCUUCAGACUUCACCUGUGAGAGUUACAGUUUACAAUCUACUCAGAACUAUUGGAAACAGAAGUUUCCUUUCGAUCCCAUGAGCAGAAUGGCGGAAGAAGACCAUGCUGUCAUUAAACAUAUUCUGACGGCAUACUCUAACAUGAGAGUUUUCUAUGACGAAUCUAGAGACUGGAGUUCUUCAAAACUGGAGGAACAUUGGCCAAAAAUGGGAAAAGAGAAGGCUCAUUGGCAACACAUACAAGAACGUAUCAUCAGAAAUAACAAAGCUUAUGUUGACUUUGUUAUGCAAAUUCCAGGGUUUAUGCAGUUAGACCAUGAAGACAAACAAGACCUUUGUCAAUUGGCCUCUUUCCAGGCUGCUUUAAUCUUGUGUGGUACAGAAUGGUACAACAAACAACAGAAGAAAUUCCAGAACUUCUGGAAUUUUACAGUGAGCCCUGAAAAUCCAAUGUAUUUGUUCAAACUGCAUCUUUUACAGGCCGGAGAAGUCAUCAACAAGCUAGAGCUUUCACCAGUAGAACUUUCUUUGACUUUAGCACUCAGUUGUUUCAGUGCAGAUUUGAUGUUCUUGAAAGAUCCAGAAUCCGUUGAAUCAGUCAGACGUCAUCUUAUUUAUCUUCUUCAGCAACAUAUUGCUGAACAAGGUAUAAACCCUGAUGAAAGACUAGCUGCUAUUUUCAACAUCAUGCCGAUGACAAGACACAUUAGCAUGUGGCACAAACAACUGAUGAAGAAUAUGAGGGUCAACAUGGAGUUGGGGGCCGUGUCAAAACAGGUUGAGGGCAUUUCAAUCUAAAGAAAACCUCACUGAAUCAUAACACACAUUCCAAAAUCUUGUUUGUAAACUUUUGAGUUUUUUUGUUUUUGUUUUGUUUUUUUCCCUUACUAAUGUGCAAUUAUCACAACAAGGGGGGACAACCCCUAUGAUACAUGGAAAACUAAUUUUUAUGUCCCAAUAACUGCCAUGUUGCUUGAAUUCAACGAAUUUUUUUGUGACGACGAACGCUCAAAUAUUGAGUAUAAUUAUUUUUAGGGAAUGUUAUUUGUUUUAUUGUUAUAUUAAGUGACCUUUGCAUUUAAUGCUUAAUUUUAAAUCUAUAUUUGACCCACUUCACUUGGUUUUUGAGUGAAGUAAAAUUAUUUAGUCACAUGACAAAUCUUUGUUUUUUAACGAAGAGACUUAAGUAUAUCUUUUAUAUUUAUUGCACGAUUUGUUAUACAGAUGAAGUAUUUUUUUACUUACAUGUUAUGACGGUGAAAAAAUAGUUUAUUUUUGUUGUUUAUAUUGAAAUACAAAUGUAUAUUUAUUUUUAUUUUUAUUUUGGGGAUAAGGUUGUUUCUUUUUUGGGGUUCUUUUUUACUGAGUAAUUGAGGGUUAUCUUUUCCUUUCCUUUGUAAAUUGUUUUAAAUUAUAUUAAAAUUGAAUUGAUUAUUAAAUGAAUUAUUUGAAUUGCUUAUUAUAAAAGGGAAACUUAAUAAUAUUGGUGUUUUUUUUGUGGGGUGUGGGAAAAAGGGGGUUGUUAAAGAAUUGAAUUAUUAAAAUAUCAGAAACUGUUGAGAUUGAUUCUCAUACUUUUUAUUCUUGUCUUCUCUUUUUAUCUUUUUCUGUCUUUACAAUAAAAAUAAUCUCUCUUAACUUGACAAUCAAAUGUUAAUGAUAUGGAAAUACUGUUAAAAUUCUGAAUUGUUUCCUUUAUUUGCUUUUUCUCUUGUAUGUCUCAAAGUUUCUGAUAUUUUAUAUUAUUUUAAUCAUAUUCUUAAAUUAUGAUUUAUUAAUGUGUAAACAAAUAGAUAACAGCUCUAUUAUUAAAUCCAUUAUCAUGGAAAAACAAGAUCAUUCAAAUUGAAUGCUGAAAAUGCUCAAAACAUGUACAAUUUUACCAUCCACACACUGAAGAGAUUACUGCAAUCGUUG